GUUCUUUUGCAGCAUCUUCAUACUCGACAUAUAUUGAUUGUGAAACGUUAAUUUCCAUUGAUUGUACUACUUCCCUCCCAUCAGCUAUCGCACCACACCUUCAUCCCACUAUUCCCCAAUUCUCUUCCAAUCUCCAAGCAUCUCCAACAACCAAACACCGCAUCCCCCAACCCUCAAAACACCACCAUCAACACCAUGUCCUCCCACCUCACCACCACCAAUCUCUCACUCUUCAGCAUCCCCAUCUACUGGACCCUCGCCCUCUGGCCCCAAGCCUACUCCGCAUUCAUCAUCAAAAGCGCCAACAAUUCAAACUGGAACAACGCGAACCCACGAGGCUCCGAAACAAUUGAAUCCUACAAGAAGACCGUCCCAGCCGAGGUGUACGGCCGGUUCGAGAGGGCCAAAGCCGCGCACAACAAUCUCAUGGAAAACGCGCCGCUUUUCAUUGGGUCUGUCGUCGUUGGACAUAUCGCGCAGUUGUCUCCUAGUAAGUCCCCUUCCAUCCGAUUCCUGUUGUUUUGGUUUUCUUUGGGAGGCGUUUUGGGUUGACUUGGGGGGGAUGUACAGGUACACUGAAUUAUGCAGCGGGGGCGCAUUUGCUAUUGAGGGUGCUGUAUGUGGUGUUGUAUAUCAAUACGACGAAGCAGAGGUAUUCGUAUUAUAGGUCGGGGGUGUGGACGCUGUGUGUGGCGCUGUCGUUUGGGGUGCUGGUGAGGGCGGGGAAUAAGAUUGCUUUUGGGGGGGCGUGAUUUCACGAGAAGGGUAAAUAGAGACUGAUCAUAUUAUAUGAUCGGGGGGGGACGGUAGACUUGGUUUACAUCUGGCCCACUUGGGUGCAUAUUGUAGAUGUAUUCUUGAAGUCUCAAAAAUACAUAGGUAAUUAUUGACGUCCUGAAAUGGAGGAAUACCAUUCUAAGCAAUGGAUGACCACAGACAGAGCCAUUCAGAACUAUUUAUUAACUAUAAUGUAUACUUUAUGGUUGAAUGCGUUCAUGACCAACGCUUAAUUUGUA